AUGCCGCCAAAGACCGGUCGAGGACGGCCAAAGGCCAGCACAGAGACGCAAAGAGCAGCUGAAAGCGAAGCUGGCCCAUCAACGACAGCAACAACAACAUCGCCCAGCAAGGCUACAAAGACCGCAGCUAGCAGUAAAGCCAGCGGCGCCGGUGCCAAACAAGCCAAUUCGCCAGCCAAGCGCAAAUCCACGGGGGCAGUGGGAAAGCGACCAGCGGGGAAAAAGCCUCGCGCUUCUAAUAUACAACCCGGCGACCCAACCCCCACCGGCCGCCGCCGUCGAUACAAACCAGGCACGGUGGCCCUCAAAGAAAUCCGCAAGUAUCAGCGCUCAUUCGACCUGCUACUCCUUAAAAUGCCCUUUGCGCGACUUGUGCGCGAAGUCGCGCUGGAUUUGUUGCCGGCUGAGGUCGGCGCGGAGCUCCGGUGGCAGUCGCACGCGAUUCAAGCAUUGCAAGAGGCAGCGGAGGCGUUCCUGGUGCAUUUAUUCGAGGAUACGAAUCUGUGCGCUAUACAUGCUAAGAGAGUAACGAUUAUGCAGAAGGAUAUACAGCUUGCGAGACGGAUCAGGGGGAUGUGGGGUGGUUUGGGCUGA